AUGAAUGAGUGGAAGCGGCCAAGCCUGCCCUGCCUCUCAUUACCAUUUCACAAAUAAAAGCUUUUCUCUCGGAGGGACUCACGGCACAAACGGGGGACGGAAGGUGUGUAUUGUGGACAUGCUGAGGUAGCAGCAGCCUGCAGGUCAGGAUGUCUGAUCAAGAGGAUGAGCGGCUGAAUGAAAGGAAGAGGGAGAGAGAUAUCUGCUACAUAACUGAUGACGACAACGAUGGAGAUGACGAGGACGAGUGGAUACCUGACCAGUCCCACAGCGCCCCCUUCAGCUCAGAGAAUGAGGCUCAGGGAGGCGACUCGGCUGCAUGGCAGUGUACCCCUCCCCCAUCUACCUCACCUUCAGGGGAGACGCCGGCCCACCCUCCUCCCUCCCAGCCUGCUUCUAGACCCCGAUCCAGGUCGGCCAGCCAAAGUCCCUCCCCUCCCUCCGCCCUGAUGGGACCCAAGAAGAGAAGCUCCAAACCGGCACACAUGAGACGCAACAUCAGGAAGUUACUGAGGGAGCAUCAGUUAGAGGCCGUGACCAAAGCCGCCCAGCAGGAUGAGCUGGAGAGGAGGCGACGUCUGGAGCAGCAGAGCAAACAGGAUUUCCCCGUACCACUGCUGCCUGAAUACACAACUGGCGAUGUGACAAAGCACGUGUCAUCGUCGUCAGCAUCGACGGCAUCGCAGCAAGAAGUGAAGUCGGUCAGGCAGGGAGUGAUCUGCCUGGACUCCAGCAGCACUGGCGUCAGCGAGGAUGACAACAAGACUAAUGUGCCCACCUCCGCCACCACAGAGAGCACACACAAAGCAGAUGUGAUCGAUCUGAGCUCAGGCGAGGAUGACGCCAUCGUCCACGUCAGCAGCGAAUCGGCCAUCGAGGAAGAAGAGAGCGAGCCGAGCGGCGCGCACGCUAAUGACGUCCUCAACCGACCAGACACCCAGGGCAGGGUGCUGGUCAACGUGAACCAUCCAUCUACGGAGAAGGACAUUUUCUUGUCGCCUCAGCUGGCGCGAGCAGUCAAACCUCACCAGAUCGGUGGAAUCCGCUUCCUGUAUGACAACCUGGUGGAGUCCGUGGAGCGGUUCAGCAGCAGCAACGGAUUCGGCUGCAUCCUCGCUCACAGCAUGGGCUUGGGCAAAACGCUGCAGGUCAUCUCCUUCAUCGACGUCCUGUUCAGGAACACCCAGGCUCACACCGUGCUCGCCAUUGUACCUGUGAACACGCUGCAGAACUGGCUGUCAGAGUUCAACACGUGGGUCCCGCCCCCGGAGGCAAUACCUCCAGAUACCGACCCAGGACUGCUGACGCCUCGUGCCUUCAAGGUUCACAUUCUCAACGAUGAACACAAGAACACAACGACCAGGGCCAAGGUGGUGGAGGACUGGGCACGGGACGGAGGGGUGCUGCUGAUGGGCUACGAGAUGUACCGCCUCCUGUCGCUGAAAAAGAGCUUUGUUGCGGGGAGGAAGAAGAAGAGCAAAAAAACAACGGGACCUGUUGUCAUCGACCUGGAUGAAGAGGACAGGCAGCAGGAACUGCUCAAAGGUAUCGAGAGAGCCUUGGCCCGGCCUGGUCCAGACGUGGUGAUCUGUGACGAAGGCCAUCGCAUCAAGAACUGCCACGCCAGCACGUCACAGGCUCUGAAGAACAUCCGAACCCGUCGCCGCGUGGUCCUGACCGGCUAUCCGCUACAGAACAACCUGAUUGAGUACUGGUGCAUGGUUGACUUUGUGCGACCAGACUUCCUAGGUACGCGGCAGGAGUUCAGCAACAUGUUUGAGCGUCCCAUUCUGAACGGGCAGUGUGUGGACAGCACGCCUCAGGACGUCCAGCUGAUGAGGUACAGGAGCCACGUCCUGCACAGCCUGCUGGAGGGCUUCGUACAGAGACGAGGUCAUGACGUCCUGAAGGACCAGCUGCCCUCUAAAGAGGAACAUGUGAUCUUGGUGCGUCUGUCUCCGCUGCAGAGGGCGCUCUACACAGAGUUCAUGAACCGCUUCAGAGAGGCAGGGAACACCGGCUGGCUCAGCCUCAACCCACUGAAGGCUUUCUGUGUCUGCUGCAAGAUUUGGAACCAUCCAGACGUGCUGUACGAGGCCUUACAGAAGGAAAACAUGGCCAGUGACCAAGACUUAGACCUUGAUGACAUCACCUCCACAGGCCCCGCCCGAUGUCCAACCACACCCAAUCAAAAGUCCAAGCCCCUGGAGAACCCUAACCCCAUUGGUGGACUGAGUCUCAACCAGCUGCAGGAGAAAGCCAACCAGGUCAUCACUUAUGAAUGGGCAAAGGAUAUCAUGUAUGACUACAAGCCCGGCAUGCUGGAGAACUCUGCCAAAAUGGUUCUGCUGUUCCAUCUGAUAGAGGAGAGCGUCAGGAACGGAGAUAAAAUCCUCGUUUUCAGUCAGAGUCUGUCUACCCUGACAGUUAUUGAGGAUUUCCUGGCUAAGAGACCUGUACCUCCCUCACCCAACACAGCCAGCAGAGACAGACCCAACCAGAACUGGGUCCGCAACCUCAACUACUACAGAUUGGAUGGAAGUACAACAGCCUCAGAGAGAGAGAGACUGAUAAACCAGUUCAAUGAUCCGUCCAACACCUCAGCGUGGGUCUUUCUGUUGUCAACCAGGGCUGGCUGUCUGGGUGUAAACCUGAUUGGAGCGAACCGUGUGGUGGUGUUUGACGCCUCCUGGAACCCGUGCCAUGACGCCCAGGCUGUGUGCCGCGUGUACCGCUACGGUCAAAGGAAGCCUUGUCACAUCUACCGGCUGGUGUGCGACUUCACGCUGGAGAAGAAGAUCUAUGACCGGCAGAUCUCCAAACAGGGCAUGUCAGACCGGGUGGUGGACGACCUGAACCCAGUGCUGACCUUCACCAGGAGGGAAGUGGAGUCCCUUCUUCACUUUGUAGAGGAGGAGCCGGACCCCUCUCAGGUCCAUCUGCAGCCCCAGGACAGCUUGGAGAGUGUCCUCAUGAGGGCUCUGCACCUUUAUCCUCACCUGAUUACUAAGCAACCAUUCCCCCACGAGUCCCUGCUGAUAGACCGCAGGGAGCUGAAGCUGAGCAAGGCUGAAAAGAAGGCAGCAAAGAAAGGUUACGAAGAGGAGAAGAGGGCAUCUGUGCCAUAUACCCGCCCUUCCUACGCUCACUACUACCCUGCCAGUGAUCAGAGCCUCACUAACAUCCCUGCCUUCAGUCAGAGAAACUGGCGUCCUCCUCCUCGCACUGAAGAGAAACCAGUGGCCAGUGUCCGGCCAGUCCAGUCAACUCCAGUUCCCAUGAUGCCCCGACAGGCAUCUGCAGGCUCUGCACCAGGCAACGACUCAUCAGGAUCCAGCCUCGGAGGUUUUCCUGUCAACUGCCUGCAAAAAGCCGGGGUUUUUGUACAGAGGAUCGUCACCACUACUGACAUAGUGAUUCCAGGUACCCACAGCUCAACAGAUGUACAGGCCAGGAUCACUGCUGGAGAGAGCAUCCACAUCAUCAGGGGCACCAAAGGGACUUACAUCAGGUCAUCUGAUGGUCGCAUCUUUGCCAUCAGAGCAGCUAAUAAGGCCAAGACUGCAGAGGAAAGUACUACAGCACCACCCAAAGACUCCCAGGCCCUACCAGAGGAAGUGUCAACCAAUGGCAGCAACGGUUGCCUGUCACCUGACAGAAAGCAGCAGGUACCCUCCAAGCCUGUGCCCCGCCCUCUCUCACCGGACAGCCCGGAGAUAAUCAGCGAGCUGCAGCGCUACACGGGUGGCACAGGAGCUGGCACCACCACUGGCACUGGAGCACAGCCAGAGAGCAACAUGAACAACCUGCCAAAUGCCAAACUGGCUCAGACAAAUAGCAGCAGUGGGAGCAGUUUUGCCAGUGGAAAUAUGAGCCACCAUGAUACCUCUGUGACAAACGUGAUCCAGCCCAACAUGGACGCCACUGCAGCCCAGGACCUGAGAACAGGCUCCAAGCGUAAAGCCUCCACCCCGUCUCUGGAGGAGCGGCCCAGUAAGCAGUCCUCUGCGGACAAACACUCCUCAGCCCCUCUGGCCACUCAAGGCUUCCCCUUCACCGGGGCCUACGGUCUCCCCCCUCUGGGCCUCAACCCUGCCAUGUUAGGUGGGUCACUGGGGCACCCACUCUUCAUGGGGGCAGGCUCGCCUUACUUCCAGCCCCCCCACACUCAACUUGGUGACCCCAGUUACAUGUACCCAGAUCUGUUCGGCUUCAGCGGGGCCAGCGCAGUCCCCACUUCCUCAUCCUCCUCCUGCUCGACGACAACCACUGCGGCUGCCGUCUCAUCUUCCUCAUCAUCUUCUGCAUCGGUCAAAGCUGCCAAUUCAGUUCCAGGAGCCCUGCCACCAUUCAUGCUGAGCCCCAGCAUGGUGGGCAUGGCUGGGAUGCUCCCACCAGGCUUCCCUCUGUCUUACAGUCAGUCUCUGGCUAGCCUCUACACUGGGUCCAUGCUCCCGGGCGGGCUGCCUGGCCCAGCCGCCACUCCUGGGCCAGCUGGAGCCAGCUUUCUCUCCCAGUACCCUCCCACUGCUGCCUCCGGUUCCUCCUCAUCUUCUCCUUCCUCUUUUUCCCCGUCAGCACGGUCUGAGGGCCACCGGGGCCCGGUGCUGAUGAACGGCGGGAAUAUCAGCAGCGCCAGCAGCUCGGAUGAUGACGAUGUAAUUGAGGUGAGGGGACAGUGACAGACAAAUGAUGUGUUUGUUUGAGCGAGCUUGAUUCAAUUUAAAAGUCAUCAAAAUAGGAUGACAUCCUGUUUGCCAGGAGGAAGGCAUCAAAGGGCCUGUGCCUGAGGCUGUGAGGGAAAUGGACAAAAAAAAUGAAAGACAGUUGAUGUAAUGACAACUGAGCCCCUGCAAAAGUGUUUCCUCUGUUCGUCUCCACUGCCUUGGAGAAACAGUCUGAAAGGGGAUUGAACGCAGACUGAACACAGAGCGACAAAUCUUAAUGCUGAAUAUCAGAAGAUUAAACCCAAGGAAGAAUAAAAGCUCCAGAGGGAAGAAGAAGAAGAAGAAGAAGAAGAAGAAAAUGAAGAUCAAAGGACUUCGGGCUUCCAAGUUUUUGUCCAAUACUGGCAUUGAAAUACUAAUCACUGGACUUAGAACUGCUGAGUGUGGGCCUGCAGUGACCACAAAUGGCCACUAGUUGUAGUGUUGACUUUAGAGAUUCUAGUUCUGCAGCUUUGCUAAAUGUCAAGACUCUUUUGCUUUUUUCAGCUAAUUAAAAAAACGACAGUAGGGUGGAGUUGCUUAUAAAAAAAAUGGUUUGAUAAUUAAGUUAGCUGGUAGUAACGUUUGUUAAAUAUCAGUAACUGAAAUGGUAGUUUGUCAGUCGUCGAAUAAUGCUACUGAAUAUUUCUUCAAAUGGUAAAAGAUCAACAGAACUUCAUAAAAGCAUUUUGAUUGAACCCACUAAUUCACUGCCAGGACAGGGGUAUUGUACGUUUUGUUCUUGAAGAAAAAACAACAACAAAGAAGCGAGAUCAUCUUGAAUUAUCAAAGAGGCAUUUGAGGCUUAUCGAGGUUGAGGUUAAAGGCAAUUACUGAAACCUUAAAACUCUAAUGAAAGAAUGUAUGCUUAAUCAAAUGCCUUUAAACCAGGUCUUUUUGAAAAAGACUCCUUCUAUUUAGGCAUCAGACGUGGGAAGAUCUGAUUUUUUUUUUUUUUGGUGCAUUUUAUAUUUAUGUAAUCUCUUUUACUUUUUAAAAGAAAAAGAAAAAAAAUGCCUAAAAACAGCCAGGUGAAAAAGAGAAAAAAAACUGUGUUCUUGUGAGGUGUCCUCCUCGUAGCGGAGAAACAACCAACAGAAAAUGCCUUUUUGCCUCCAUCUUUCUGAAUGUUAACUGUGAGAGAGGAGAGGUAAAGAGAGACGGGCAGUCACUGCGGCUCUCUGAAUCUCACCCACAGUCUUACUGUAGCCUAGAGAAAAGCGAUGCAAAGCACUCACUCAAGCCUAUAUAUGUAUUCGUACGACCCCCCCCGGAGGAAUUAAUCUCGCAACCCCCAGAGUUUUGGUUACGCUUGUGUCGGUUACUGUGUUCGUGUCUGUGUGUUGUGUUCGCAAGGGUUACAAAAGGAAUCUUUUUAAAAAAAAAAAAAAAGGAAAGAAAGAAAGAAAGAAAAAGAAACUCGUGUUACUCGGUUUGGUAACUCAUUCUGACGACAGCACAGAUUCCACCUCUUCUCUGCUGUUUUUAUUCCCCUCUCUCUGUCUCAUCUCAUUUUGUGAACAGAGGUCAUUGUGAAACCAAACUUUUUUUUUUUUUUUUUUUUUUUUUAACGAGAGAUGGUGUAGCUCUGCCAAAAACAAGACAUACACAAGCACAUCAGAGCCCUCUAUCGAAGAGGAUUGUGUCUUAAGAGACCAAAUAAUGUCAACUAUGUAGAGCAGAAUUGAAAAAGUCCACCCCAGCGACACGCUCUCUCUCUACAGCAUCCUCACAGCCACAGUGGAGACGUACAUAUCCAUCUCUCUGUAUGACCUUGCAGGUAACACUGUACACUGUACUGCACUGUAAAAGAGACACAAAUCUGUAUACGUCUGUAGACUGGUUGAAAGCUGGGAAAACUUCAUCACGUGACCAAGUUCCCUUUAGAUCACCCAUCAGUUCUGCUGUUCCGAUCGAUCCCCUCUGAUCACACAAACCGAUCUGCUACGGUCUGCACUGUCCCUGUGUGGAAGAUCUUCUCCUCCAAAAAAAAUGGCUGCAGCGAGAGCUUUAAAACCCCACCAGCUCUUUUGUCGAAAAACAUCAUCACGUAAAGACUGAGCAUUUCCUGUUCUUUCUCUUCCAUGUAUUUGUUCUUCAUACUGAAAUUGUUAGUUUACUCAUGUUUUAUUUUUGUCCUCCUCUUUUUACAAUGUUUGAAUUUACCAAAUUUAAUUUAUUUAUGACAGUGCAUAUUUAUUCAUUUUUAUUUUUGUACAAUUUUUUUCUCGGUUUUCCUUUUUUUUUUGUUGCUUUUCUUUAUUUUGUUUGUAAGAUGUUUAUGGUCAUAUUACUGUUGUUGUUACUACAGAUGGAAAAAACGCUUUGGUUUCUUGUGUUUGGUUAUUUUUAUUUUGUUUUUUGUAAAAAAAAAAAAAAUGGUGAUUUGCAAGUCUGACCCAGCACAUGUGAACUUGUGCAGAACAUGUGGACCAACUGAUGAGUGCGUUACUGUGCACAUUAAGGGUAGCAUCUUUAAGAAGGAUUGAUUAAUCAUCAUAUUCCAUUUGCGAUAACUCUGAUCAGCUCUUGAUAACGAGAAACACCCGAAAAAGGACAUUGGGGAUACACUGAUAUUAACGUGAGCUGUGGUAAAACCUUUUUGUCUCAGACUCCUUCAUCAAAAUAUCCUUCCUGUUCACAAGUUUCUUCACAACUGGGAAACAAAUCUUAAGUAUCUAACCAUAUGAGCCAUUUGUGUGCGUGUAAAUGAAGCUCAUUCACAAGUAAUGGGUCAGAAGUCGAAGCAGUCCAACCACUCAUCUGCUGAAAAGAAAGAAAAUAUAAUAUCGAGUGCUUUUCUUUCCUUUUCUUUCUUGUGGUUCAUUACCAUAUCAUCAGAAGUGUCCAUCUGUGUCAUCCCCACGAUGGCCAAACAAGCGAGUUUCCUCUGUGUUGAACUGUUUUGGGUCGUCAGCCCUGCGUUUGCCGCGCUGACUGACUGCUCUUUUUAUUUCGCAGCUUUCUACUUGAAUUUACAUAUUUAUUUAUACGAGUCGAUUCGGUCGGACGAGCCGAGCCAACUGUCUGAAUUCCAUUUUUAGCCGAGGAGAAGAUUAAAGCUGCUGUCUUUGAGGAUUGGCUCUAGUCAAAGCCUGUUGUGUAGUUUAUCGAUGGAUAAUGUGUAUGACCUUGGAUUACUUUUAGAUCCUUUUUUUUUUGCUUUUUGAAGUUUGUAAAUAAAAAGAAACAUGUUCCAAAUAAUA